UUUUUUAGUUCCCUUUUCCUGUUCUGUCCGAAACAUGAAAAUAUUGGCGGCUUUUAAAGUGUUAAUAAUCUUAGAAAUAAUUGAAUCAAGCCACAAUUUUCCAAAUAAUGGAAAUCUAAAUUUGUUUCUGAGGUCAAACAACAGAGUCUACACGCUCAAUAUUAAUGGAAAUAGAGUCCAUUUGAGGAAACCCAUCAUUAGCCUCGGAGGUACGCGUAAAACUAAAAAUGAAAGGAGGACAGAGACAAAGGACAUUCUAGUUAGUGAGACGUCAGGGAGGGAGAAUAUUACAGCCAUCAUCAGUAGAUCGUCUCUUCGGCGCCUGAAACGGCAAACUUAUCCAGGGACAAAAUGGUGUGGUGUCGGUAACGAGGCGACAAGAUACGAAGACUUGGGAACCAUUGAAGACGUGGAUAGGUGUUGCCGAGAUCAUGACUUCUGUAAUGUAAAAAUUGAGGCAGGGAAAAGCGAUUAUGGACUGAAGAAUGAUGGAUUUUUCACAAUAGUGUCGUGCGAGUGUGAGAGGGCCUUUUACGAUUGUUUAUCAGCUGUACCACGAUACCCUCACGCGGCUAUUAUUGGAUUUGUCUACUUCGAUCUUUUUAGUCCAAAAUGUAUUGGAAAGAAAAAAGUGUGUACUAGGUAUAUAUUUUGGAGGACCGUUUGUAUAUCAUGGAAGGAAUCUGAAAAAGUUGAUUUACUAUCAAAUAAAUUAGACUGGUUUUUGUAAUAUUGUACUUGCAAUCCAAUGCUGUAAAGUUAAAACAUUUUAUACAUGUUAAAUAUCACUUUUUGAAAUUGUUCA